GCGGGUCCAGGCUUCCGCCCCGGCCGCGGCGAAAAGGCGGCGGCACCAUGUUCUCCCUCAAACCGCCCAGACCUACCUUCAGGUCCUACCUCCUGCCGCCGCCCCAGGCUGACGAUAAGGUGAAUUCGGAACCGAAGAUCAAAAAACUGGAGCCAGUCCUUUUGCCAGGAGAAAUUGUUGUAAAUGAAGUUAAUUUUGUGAGAAAAUGCAUUGCAACGGACACAAGUCAGUACGAUUUGUGGGGAAAGCUGAUAUGCAGUAACUUCAAAAUUUCCUUUAUUACGGAUGACCCAAUGCCAUUACAGAAAUUCCAUUACAGGAACCUCCUUCUUGGUGAACAUGAUGUUCCUUUAACGUGUAUUGAGCAAAUCGUCACAGUAAAUGAUCACAAGAGGAAGCAAAAAGUCCUAGGUCCCAAUCAGAAGUUGAAAUUUAAUCCAACAGAGUUAAUUAUUUACUGUAAAGAUUUCAGAAUUGUCAGAUUUCGCUUUGAUGAAUCGGGUCCUGAAAGUGCCAAAAAGGUAUGCCUUGCAAUAGCUCAUUAUUCCCAGCCAACAGACCUCCAGCUACUCUUUGCAUUUGAAUAUGUUGGGAAAAAAUACCACAAUUCAGCCAACAAAAUUAAUGGAAUACCCUCGGGAGGCGGAGGAGGAGGAGGCAGCAGCCCCAAAACUCCACUAUUUGAAACUUACUCAGACUGGGACAGAGAAAUCAAGAGGACCGGCGCUUCUGGGUGGAGAGUUUGUUCUAUUAAUGAGGGUUACAUGAUAUCCACUUGCCUUCCAGAAUACUUUGUUGUGCCAAGUUCUUUAGCAGACCAAGACCUAAAGAUAUUUUCCCAUUCUUUUGUCGGAAGAAGGAUGCCACUCUGGUGCUGGAGCCACGCCAACGGCAGCGCUCUCGUGCGAAUGGCCCUCAUCAAGGACAUGCUGCAGCAGAGGAAAAUAGACCAAAGGAUUUGUAAUGCAGUAACUAAAAGUCAUCCACAGAGAAGUGAUGUUUACAAAUUAGACUUGGAUAAGACCUUGCCCAAUAUCCAAGAAAUACAGGCGGCUUUUGUAAAACUUAAGCAACUGUGCGUUAAUGAGCCUUUUGAAGAAACUGAGGAGAAAUGGUUAUCUUCACUAGAAAAUACUCGAUGGUUAGAAUAUGUAAGGACAUUUCUUAAACAUUCAGCAGAGCUUGUGUACACGCUGGAAAGCAGGCGCCUCUCUGUAGUCCUGCAAGAGGAAGAGGGAAGAGAUUUGAGCUGCAUUAUAGCCUCUCUUGUGCAAGUGAUGCUGGAUCCCUAUUUUAGGACAAUUACUGGAUUCCAGAGUCUGAUACAGAAGGAGUGGGUCAUGGCAGGAUAUCAGUUCCUAGACAGAUGCAACCACUUAAAGAGAUCGGAGAAAGAGUCUCCCUUGUUUUUACUAUUCUUGGACACCACGUGGCAGCUGUUAGAACAACAUCCUGCAGCUUUUGAGUUCUCAGAGACCUACCUGGCCGUGCUCUAUGACAGCACCCGCAUCUCGCUCUUCGGUACCUUCCUUUUCAACUCUCCUCACCAGCGGGUGAAGCAAAGCACAGAAUUUGCUAUAAGCAAAAAUAUCCAGUUGGGUGAUGAAAAGGGCUUAAAAUUCCCCUCGGUUUGGGACUGGUCUCUUCAGUUCACAGCAAAGGAUCGCACCCUUUUCCAUAACCCCCUGUACAUUGGGAAGAGUACGCCUUGUGUGCAAAACGGUUCUGUGAAAUCUUUCAAAUGGACAAAGAAAAGCUACAGCUCCACAUUGCGAGGAAUGCCAGCUUCCUUCAAGAAUGGAAUCAUCAAUGACCAAGAGUUACUUCCAAGGAGAAAUUCAUUGAUAUUAAAGGCGAAGCCAGAGCCUCCUCAGCAAGCCAACAGCCAGAGCAGGGGUGUGGAAGAGUAUUUUCAAGAAUGGUUUUCCAAGCCAGUUGACCUGCACGGUGUCCUGCUGCCACAUCUCUCCGGAACACACAUAAAGCUGUGGAAACUGUGCUACUUCCGCUGGGUGCCCGAGGCUCAGAUCAACCUCGGGGGCUUCAUCACUGCCUUCCACAAGCUCUCCCUGCUGGCCGACGAGGUGGACAUGCUCAGCAGGACGCUGCGGCAGCCCGGGGCCAGCCCCGUGGAAGCCUGCUCCCCGGAGCUGGACCAGAGUAGGAUGUACUUCCGGGCCAGCAGCCCACCUCAGACCCCGGGGACACCCGAGUUCCUCUCCUCCUCAUUCCCCUUUUCUCCCGUAGGCAAUCUCUGCAGACGAAGCAUUUUAGGAACACCGUUAAGCAAAUUUUUAAGUGGGGCCAAAAUAUGGUUAUCUACCGAGACCCUAGCCAACGAAGACUAAAAUCACUGUUUUCUGAACAUUCGAGAAAAGCUAUGAACUUUUCCUCUGGAUUAAAUUGCUGACAUAGGCAUUUGAAACUUAAUUUUAUACAUUAAGAAUAACAGUUGAAAUUUGCACUAAUAUUUUAAAACAUGCUGAGUAAUGCUUCCUGUACAAUUUUUUUUUUUAAAGAUAGAUAAAUCUUGUUUUUUUAUGUCCUCUUGUCAUUUUCAGGUCUGGCUCACUUUUAGGUGAGUUACAGGCAGACUUUUCCCACUUUUUAGUACUGUGAGCAAGCUAGUCAGGUUAUGUCUGCAACAUUUAUUUUGUCUGCAUCCAUUUUUCCUGCCACCUACUAAAUGUUCUCUGAUCUUUGGCCAUAUUGGCAAUGCAAGAUGCAGCAGGAAAGUUAAGAAAUUAGUGCUUAGAAUAUUUUCAAGACACAGCCAGUAGCCCCCCUCAACAGGCAUUAGUAGGUGUUCAUGUAUUUUUCUGGUCAUUUUCUAUUCCUUCUAAAUGAACUCACCAGGGGUUCAGUGUCCAAGGCCCUAAUUUAUUUUAGAUCACUGUAUUUGGGACCGUAGAUCACUGUGUUUUAAAAUCAUGAGUUUGCUUUUAACUUCUUAGGACUAAUGUUAAAAUGAUAUGCACUGUUAACUUUUAAAGCAUUUGCUGUAGAUAAUGUAAUUAAACUUAGAAGUGCCUUUGACAUUGAUAUAAGGUAUAAAUACCACAGGAAAAUAUGUCUUUAAAGUUAACUUGUUCAAGUCCCACUGUAUAUUGGAAAGAGACUGUUCACGCUAAUCUUCACACCAAUAGCCAGGAAUCCCCUCAGUCACAUUUCCCACCCCACAAUCCCAAGGGGUGUGAGGGUUAGAUGCUGCUUCUGUCCAGAGCAGUUGGAGUUAAGUGCUGUCUACACCAAACCCACCCCCAAAAUAGAGGGCUUUCCCAUCAAUAUUUCCAGUGUGCUGAAGUGUCCUUGGCACUGUCCCUUGGAAAUAAUAACUACUAAUGGGGUCACAAGUCAGGUGACCUGCACAGAUGUCCCUCUGCCCUCAGACAAAGCUCUUAAUUCUUAGAGAAAUAAAAUGCACUUCUGUCAAAAUACUGCUGUUUUAAUAGAUGAAAAAAAGCCUCACCCCACCCCCAGCUUUUGACAGCAAUAUUAAUUGACUGAGAAGCAAGCAAAGGUGUAUUCUUGGCCUAAAAUGCCCUUGCUUUCAAACAGCGUGACAAGAGCCUCGCCAGAGCUUCAGGGUCAGCAUUUAAGCUUACUGUGGUGGUGACAUUACCACCAGUUCCCCACACCCCUCAACCCCAGGUACACCCCAUUUCCUGUUCAAAAGAUGGAUGUUUUCAAAUUUGGCUAUUAGAAUUUCUUAAAUUGACAUCUUAAGCUUUAAAAACAUUUUAUAUUAAAAUGUCUAGUUGCCUUAUUUCCUUUUCAAAAACAAGUUUUUUUUUCAAAAAUUACCUUUUAUGUCAUGAAUAGCCAUUUCUAUUUGAAUUUAUUUGCCUUUUAAAAAUUGAUAGUCUAUAUUUAAAGGGAUAUUAUCUUAGAAAAUUGUGCAUAUCUUGUGCAUAAACCCAAAGUUUUUGCCAACUUGUUGCCUAGAAAAUAAGGGCUUUGUUCAGUUUAUAUAAACAGCAUUUUUGCCAUUAAACAUUUUUAUAAUCCUUGAUUGGAAGCCAGUGCCCUUAAAACACCACAGCCUAUCAUGCCGUCGAGAGUGGAGUAAUUCUCCCCUUUUUUAUUAAGCUUCUUUAUUCUUACAAAUUAAUCUAAAUUUGAUACUUUGGGGGAGGGCUGAUCAUUUAAUUCUCUUCCUUAACACAUUUAUUUCAACUUUUUUAGCGACUUCUUUUGUUAAUUUACAAGGUAAAGAUUAGGUACUAUUAAUACUGUUUUAAAAUAGAAAAUGCAUAUUUUUAUAUGAUAAUCAAAUGUAGUACAGUUUUUCAUUUUAUUUUUGCUGGACAGUUGUUAUAGCAUGAUUAUUGUGCCACAAUUGAUUGUGCAUAAUAUGAAAAACAACUAUAACAGCCUUAAAUCCUAGCCAUCGCAAAGCUGCUUGGUACCUCUGCCAGCAGAAAGGAUGUUUUGGCGAUGAAGUCCCAAGUGUGGGUGCAGACGUGGAACCAAAGAGCUGAACACUCAAUGCCCCCAGCCCUGCGGCGAAGCCUUUGCUGAUCAAUGCCACCCAGAUGUCAGCCAGCUGCAGACUUCCAGUACUGAACUCAAAAGUGACAAUGUUUUGCUGUUAUUUUAUGAUGGAAACCAAUUUUAAAACCAAAAAUGUCUACUUUUUAAAGAAAAGUACAUUAAUUUGUGCUAAAAGAGGGCAAACACUUCACUGUAUCCUUCAACAAAAUCUGCUCCAGCAGUAACCUCAAGUAGUUAAAAACUUGAUUUUGGGGAAAAACUAAAACCUUGUGCCUAAAAUUGAUUAUGACUUGACUGCAAGUAGGAUGAGCAGGAAGCUGAGAGAUCUUGUUCAACAGUAAUGAAUGUGAAGGAAAUUCUGGUUGCUGAAUAAAAUUUCCACAAAGUGUUUGUUGUAGUUAUCAAUGCAAAAAUCACCUACCAGAACAUAGAACAGCUGAAUGUACAUAAAUCCAAGAAUCUACUUCCAGUAUACUUAUUGGAAACUGUGUGUACUACUUUUAUAAAAAACCUGCAGAUCAUCUCAUUUGGGUGUCAGUAAGUCUAAUAAAACAGAUCACAUCCAACCCCUAAAAUGACCACAAAGGUUUUGACCUUUAAAAAGUUCAUUACUUGGGCCUCCCUGGUGGUGCAGCGGUUGAGCGCUGGGCUGCGAGGCUACCCACAGCCUCUGUAGCGCAGGUUCAAUCUCCGGCCACCAGGCAAGGGUCCCACAUGGUGCGUAGACAUCCUGCGGCGCCCGCUGCUCCCCUCAGCAGUGUACUUCGUCAGUCUGCCUGCCUGUUCUGCUCCCUGCUCUGGCUCUGGUGAAUUCUCUCACCCUCCCGCACUUCUGACUGUGCCAAGUGCUUGUAUAAAUAA